AUGGCGUCGCUCCCAGGCUACCCGGCUGCGGGGAGAACGAGAUCGUCCGACGGUGGCACAGCCACCAACCCUGAUGGCAACUCCACAUUCGAGGGUGAAUCUUCCCAGACGCAGCCGUUCGACGAAGCCGAGACCAUUUUUUUGAACAAGGGUUCCUCGACCCCGAAUCUUGCCGAUAACGCCGCCGAAAUGAACGAAAAGACCGUCGGUCGCCCUUCAAAUACGGAUGAUGUGUCAAACCAAGAAGAGCCGCGCAAGUGCUGGAUUUGCUAUACAGACGAGACGGAGGAUUCGCCCCUGAAUUUGGAGUGGCGAUCUCCCUGCCCGUGUGCCUUGACAGCCCAUGAGGCAUGCCUGCUGGACUGGCUUGCUGAUAUGGAGAACCCUCGAGCCCGCAGGCGAAAUGGCAACGGUGCAAAGAUGGUGUGUCCUCAGUGUAAAUCGGAAAUUAUCGUCACUCGCCCGCGGAGCUACGUUGUCGAUACCCUGCGCCUGGUUGAGAGGGUUGCGGGCCGUUUGGUCCUCCCGGGAAUGGUCUUUACAGUAGCCGGAACCGUGUGGGCCGGUUGCUGUGCACAUGGAGUCUACUCGAUGCAUCUCGUCUUCGGCUCAGAAGAGGCAAGGCAGAUACUCGAGGAUAGUAUCGAUGGUCCGUGGAAUCCUGGGAUGAACCUCGGCCUACCUCUUAUUCCAUUGGUCUUGGUUUUCUCUCGAACUCGCUAUGCCGAGGGUCUCCUCCCAGCUAUCCCAGUUCUUUUUUUCGCCGCUCACAACCCUGGGCAAGAGCCCGACUUCGACCUCUGGCCGCCGACGCCAGCCAUGACAUUUGCUGCCCUGCCGUAUGUGAAAAGCUUCUACGGUGCGCUCUACGAUCGAUUCUUCGGUGGACUGGAGAGGAAGUGGAUCUCAGAGGUUCAACCUCGUGCCGCGGAGGAAGUGUUGGAUGAAGUCCAGCAACAGGACCAGGCCGAAGGCCUCAAUCGAUUUGGCGAAAAUCUUAACGGCCAAAUACUCAUGGAGAUUGACCUCGAAUUGCAGGUAGGGAUGGGCGAUGACGACGAGCCGCCAGAGGAUCCGGCUCUCCCUGCCGCAGAGAAUCACGAUGGCGCUGACGUAGGCGCUCAGAAUGGACAGGCACACGGUCAGAACAACGGGCAGGGCCUUGGUCUCGGGCGCCGCCAAAAUGAAAUCAUCCACGACACCGGUAACCUUGCCGACAUCGUUCUCGGAGCGCUUGUUUUCCCCGCUAUCUCCGCGUCAAUGGGAGGACUUUUGAAAUACGUCCUGCCUAAGUCAUGGACCACCCCGUCAUCGGUUCUCGAGCGGAGUCGCCCCGGUCUCCUCCAGACCCGCUGGGGUCGUAGCGUGGUUGGCGGAUGCAUGUUUGUGCUUUUGAAAGAUGCACUCGUUCUUUACUGUCGGUGGAAGCUGGCCCAGACACACCGGCGGCGUAAGGUGUUGAAUUACGACAAGUCCAAAAAGCAGGGCAGGCACAAGCGGUCAAACCUGGGCAGAUAA